UGAAGUAUGGUUAUUACAUGAAUUAUUAAAUUUUAUGAGCAGUCGUUUUUCGUUUGGUGACGGUACACUUAUAAGGUAAAGGGGAGAGUGUCUGUGUGUUUAUUGGCUCGUACUUGACGUAAGACUAUUUCAAAUUGUAAAUAUUAAAUCAACGACUUGAAUGAAAUCGUAGAGAACCGAGAUAUAUAUUUGGUAAACUUAUAUAUAACUUCAUAUUACCAAGAAUGUUUCUUUUCUGCAAGACUUUAAAAGUAAAGUAUGAAUAUAUCAGUUGGUUUGCAUUCUUACAAUGAGAUAUUAUAACUAUAUUCUGAGUUCAAGCUGAAAAUUAUUUUGAAUUGAAAUGCCGUCAGCGCAAGAAGAUGCCGAAAAAUUAGAGUAUGCGGCAAGAUUGUCCGGAUUAUUGCUCAAUGAAGGUACCGAUGUAAUGAGAUGGUUUCUCAUGGAUAAUCUACCUAGACGAAUUGACGAAAAGCCGGACCUCGCUCAGUUACUUGCAGUAAAUCGAAAAUCCUUCCAAUCUUUGCUACAAAAUGUUGAUGAAAACAUCGACGAACUCUACUUUGGACACGAAAUGUUUGACAUGCUAUACCCUUCUUACGACAUGCAAAUUGAUGAAGAAAAUUUGGAAAUUUCGCUCAUAUUUAUCCUCAUAAGAUUUCUUUGCAAAAUCAAGCAUGCUACGUGGAAAUGGUGGGAUGAGGAGCCCCAAGUCCACCAAACAGCACCACUAUUCGACAUCAUUAGAUUAUUUAGAUUUAAAGUUCGAAUGCAAAACAUAGUCCACAAAUACGAAAUAAACAAGGAAUCCUUUGAUGCUUCCUUGGCCUACGCCACGAAGAUCAUAGAAAGGCUGCGCGGAUUCAAAAUGUCUGCCAGGAGAUGGAAACAUGACGUUAUUACUUACGAAGAAAAUGAAUCUGUUACCAAAAAACGAAAAACGUUAGACCUCGUUGCAGUUAUGAGGUGGCAAACCCUACCAAUGGAACAACGAAACGCAACAUAUUUGGUUAUGAAGAGAAAUUUUAAUGAUAAAAUAUCUAAAUUUCAAGACACUGGAGAUGCAUGGAAGGAUUUCAUUUCAUGUUUUGGUCAAAUGAAAAACUUGGAUGUAAGUAGAAUAAACGACAUAGAACAGUGUGGUGAGGAUGAAAGAGUACUCACGCACAAAGCAAAUGAUGUUAGCCACCGUGAUUAUCAAAAGAUUUCCGAAACUCCAGCAAAGAUUCUUCAUUGGCAUUUGGUUCAUGAUAAACAAUGGAAAAAAAUGAUAAAUGGUGAUCACAGUCAUCAGAUUGACGGAAUUUCGUUGUCAGGCAUAAACGAAACUGAUAAAAACAAGAAUAAAACAAAAUUAACAACGACAGAGAAAAGCAUUUAUUCGUCUAUUGAUGACAGAAUUUACAUUCCAGACUUAAAACCAGAAUCUACUUUUACAACCUCACUGAGGGAGGGCUGGAAGAGAAAGGUCAUAAACAGUUUCAAAUACAUUCUAUCAUUUCCUUGGAAAGAACGCUGUAAAAGAAAAAUGGACAAUGUUCGAAUUCGAGUUCGUCUUGGUGAUUCGAGAAAGCAUGAAACAUUAAACAAUUGGACGAACAUGUUCCCAAACAGUAAUGAAGAUCCAGUUCGCAUUUUGCUGCGCGGAAUUCGUUCUUAUGGAAAAUCGACCACUCUGCACAAAAUAGCUUAUGAAUGUGCAACAAGAAACUGUCCAAGGCUUCAAAACUAUGACUUGAUAUUUUACAUCGAUUUAGCAAAAAUACAACUUGAAAAACCGUAUACAAGAAUAUCGGAUUGCAUUAAGGUUUUAUGUUUGGAUGAUGAAGGGUCCGAACUGCACGUGGACGACAUUGAAAACCUUUUCAAUGCACGUAACGGGCGAGGCGUAUUGUUUCUCAUGGACAAUGCCGACUGUUUAAAAAUGUGUGACGAAACAUCGGAAAUAAUUGACGUCAUAAAAGGAAAUCAAUGGUCGGAAUGUGGUAUUGUUCUCACAGCGACAGAUUAUGCUUACAAGAGUGAUGACACUUUUCCAGGAUGCAUCUCGGAGUCACGAGUGUCGUGGCAAAUAUUUCACGUCGUUGGUUUUACUAGCAAUGACGUAGUUGAAGAAUCUGGUAGAUUGUUCAAAAGCAGAAAAACAAACACGGGAGCUAUCUCUGCAGCUAGACAUGUUACUAAUUUAAUAAGAAUCAACCAACGAGAUAUUUAUGAUGGAGAAGGAUCGAGUCCAUUGUUGGUUUCCAUUUUGUUAGAAGGUUGGAUGUCUUUAUCAGAAUAUUUGGGUGAAAGGCAAACAAUAUGGAUGCCAGAGACAACUUCAAAAAUAAUGGAGAAUUUGUUUUCAAGAUAUUUCUCCUCUUAUCGAACAGACCAACUGACUGAAUUCGAAACCGAAGUUCGAGAGGAAACGUUAUUAAACGAGACCUCCUAUUUCACAGUACAUUAUCCCCAGGAUCAACAAGUAAAUUCGCUUCUGAGAUCUGGAAUUUUAUUAGUGGCAGAAGAAAAGGAAAAUAAAUCAACAGUAUUUUUUUCUCACAAAAUACUCCAAGAUUACUUUUCAGCAAGGGUAUUCUGUGAUUCGCUUCCAAUUUCUGAGAUAACGAAAUAUGCGAAUAAAAUUUCGGAUGUAAUUCGAUUACGCAAUUUUCUGCUAUUCUGUUGCGAAAUACUACCCGAGGCUGCGGAAAGUAUACUUGAAACUUUGUGUGAAUUAGCUGUUUCAACUAAAAAACGAAUCGACCAGGACAAUUUUAUACUAAAUCUGUGUAUGCAAUGCGUAUAUGUAUCUUCAAUUUCGUACCAGAGCAGUGGCUAUCGGAGUUUAACUUCGUCAUUCGAGAAUCAAAAUGAUAUAGAAAAUAACAAUGAAGUGGAUACCUAUUUCAAAGAAGAUUACGAAAAUUCAGAUUUAAUUACUGCUAGUUUAAAGAUUCUGGACCCUCAUAAACUGACAUCAAGAACUAAGCAAUCAAUACUGAAGUUCACAAGUACAUGUAGACCUCCUCUAACGCGAUCCGGCACUGUAUUUCCGCUUUUAACUGGUGUUACAAAUAUUCGAACAACAUCGUUCAUCAAGCGUUUGCACAUUUCGGGCAUCAAAACUAAUCAAGUGAUCUUCGUAUCUGCGGUCCUUCGCAACUUGCCAUUUUUAUAUGACAUCACUUUGACGGGCAUCGAAGCAAUCACCGAAAACGAUUUCAGGACUAUUUGCUCUGGUCUGCAAUCUAUAUCUCAAAACAUGCUAUCACCUCUCCAUUCACUAACCUUUAUUUUCAAAUGUGCAACUCAUUUUGAUCGCAUUCAGGUGCCAACAUAUGAAGCACUUCGGCCAGUUCUUGAAAACUUUCAAUUUUUGGAAUCGUUCAACAUUGAGCCACUCUCAUAUCAACAUUUUUUAUCUUUUUAUCCCAAUACCAAAUGUCUAAUUCCAAUCAAAAAUAUCAACUUGUGUGGAUCAAACAUAACGGAAAAUCGAUGCCAUAUCUUCUCUCAGCACCUUGCACGAUCACCGUUCUUAGACAGCCUGAAUCUUUCUCAUAAUCCUAUUUAUGGAGGAUUGAAAUAUUUUCAGGAACCCUUCAACGAAUUUCGAUGCCUGCAGGAGCUUCAACUCGGACAAUGCUGCCUCUCUCCAACUAGCCUCGCGGCUCUCACCGUCUGCGUGAAGUCAUCUCGUCUGGAACGAACUCUGACCUCAUUAAAUCUACGAGCUAAUCAUAUUGAUCACCAGGUGUCUCUGUUGUCUUUUGCGGAAUCAUUAGGUCAUCUGAAGGCGUUGCAGAAACUUGAUUUGAGUCAAAAUUUUCUUCGUAAUCGAGUUGUGUGUGUAUUUUCCUCACAUUUACGUAACUUGCGUAGGUUGCGAGAUCUACGGCUUGACUACGUCGAAAUGGGAGAGGCUGGAUUCUCCGCUUUACGAUGUAAUAUCUCAUAUUUAUUACAACUGGAAGUCCUGAGCGUUGGGGAAAAUUUAUUGGGCUGCGAUGCGUUGAACUACAUUGCUGAUUUGCAAGGUACCAAUGUCAGAGAAACUUUGAUUGAACUCAACCUUUCCGGUAUAAGUUGCGAAGUUUCAUCAACGUUAACUGGAAAAGAAAUAAGAAAAGUUGUUGAGUCAUUGAAGCAAUUUCAAAAGUUGAAAGUACUUGAUCUGAGAAAUACAGAAAUCAAAUAUUCGGAUGCCAUAACAAUUUUAAGAGCAGCUGAAGAUCACAAGACCCUAAAUGAAGUCAGAUUGAGCGACAAACUCACACUUCUGAAUGAUGUUGAACGCAAAACAUGGAGUUGUUUAAAAAUUGUUUGAGAACGAUUUCUUUCUUAAUCCUUCAUUUACAAUCAAAAUUGUUUUUAUUAUUCUUAUUUUUUAUUAAUUUUUUGUAUAACAUGUCUUGCAUUAAUUAAAUAGUUUUUCUAGGAAAGCAUGCACUGAUUGCAUUAACUUUACCGCCAUCUAAGACAUAUUUUGU